UCGUCCUCUCUAUUUCAUUUCUCGGUUCCUCUCUCGCCACCACCGAUCAUGGUCACCGCUCUAGAACUCAUCCCCAUCCUCCUCUUCAUUUGAUCUCUCUCAAAGAUGCAUGCGUUUACCUGAUUCCUGAUUUUCUCGAUCUGUGCAAAAAAAAAAGGAUCGAUCUUUAAUAUUUAUUCUUCCUGCUCUCUCUCUCAUGUCAAGUGUUCAAGGAGAGAUAAUGGAUCUUGAUCUAAACCAAGAACCAUCUUCCGGUUCAGAGUCUCCACCCGGUUCAAUCACAAGGAUCUCUCCCUGGCUAAACGAGCUGGAAACUGCUCACGAGCGGAUCGAAGAACGGUUAAGACAGCUCGAAGCUAUAGUUUCAAGAAUCAGAGAACGAGAAACCGUCACAACAACAACAACAACAACAACAACACCUGCUUUGGCUCCUCAUAGAGAUUCAACGGUUGGAGUUAUACACGAGCGUUCUAGAGAGAGACUAGUCGAGAACGGGGACGACGACAAGACUUAUUUAAUAGCAAAGGCGUUGAACAUGGAGAGACCAACCUCUGUCCCUGGCGGUUACUUUGAUUGUAACAUAUGUUUAGAGAAAGCUGAAGAUCCGGUUUUGACUUGCUGUGGUCACUUGUUUUGCUGGGGAUGCUUCUACCAGUUACCUUUCAUUUACUUAAACAUUAAAGAAUGUCCUGUUUGCGACGGAGAAGUUACUGACACCGAGGUGAUUCCAAUCUACGGUAAUGGAGAUGGAGAUGAUGGUGGGAGCAAUAAAGCCAAGCGUGAGGAUUGUGAAUGUCCUGUUUGCGACGGAGAAGUUACUGACACCGAGGUGAUUCCAAUCUACGGUAAUGGAGAUGGAGAUGAUGGUGGGAGCAAUAAAGCCAAGCGUGAGGAUUGUGGUAUUCGUUUACCUCCAAGGCCUAAUGCAAAGAGAGUUGAAAGCAUUCGUCAAAAGAUUAUAACCCGUGGCAACCCUUUUAUCCCUGGUCCUGAGACGCUCGAGCAUAUUAGGAGGACUAUUGAUUCUAUAGGUGGGUUACAAGCUUUAGCUCAAGGUGAUGAGUUUGGUUUGACUAAUAUAGUAACCAGUAGAGGAGGAGGAGGAGGUAACAACAACAAUCGUGUGGUGAGAAAUCAACAGAAUAACUUGAGGUUGUUGUCACCGUUUACUUCUUUCCCAGGUCUUGUUGUAGAUAGCAGCUCGGAGAUGCCACCACCAACACCAACCUCUGAUGAUGCUGCUGCUUUUGAUGUUGAUAGUUUUGUUGAUACAACAGCUAGUUUGAGGACAAACCGUCGUAGGUCUUCACGUAUUGCUGAGAUUGGUCCUUCACCAGCGUUACGAGGCUCUUCUUCUCUGCGUAGGAACCAAAGUAGUAAUACUGCAGGUUCAUCAUCUUCACCUAGAGAUUUUGCUGUUCCUGGGUUUGUUAAUUCUAGUGAAGUGGUUGUUACUUCAGCUUCAUCGUCUAGGAGAAGAACUGAAGAUGUAAACAAUGGACCUCGGACCAGGUCUAGAAGGAGGCUAAGCUAA